AUGCUCCCGAACGCGCUGCUCAAGGCAGGCGACGCGACGAUGCUCGAUUAUCUCUUCUCCAACAUGCAAGUCUUUGUCUUAUGCACGUUCUUGUUUUACAGCGAUGCCAUGCGCGAGCUCGAGCUGACACGCAUUGCCUGCGGUGAGCAAGGGGCAAUACCAGGCGAGCUCCUUCGGAUGGACCACACGUUCCGUGUCGCCAAGUUUGGCAAGGAUGCCAACGGCGAGAAGAAGUGCAGCUGCAUUGCAACAACCAUGAACGAGCACCAGGAGGUUUGA